ACAAUUGCAACAACAACAACAACAACUCGCAGUUUACCGUCGGUUAAAAAUGGACAGGGGCAAAUCUGGACAAGGAAAAAGACCUAAUAAGGCGAAAGGUUCUCUCCCUCCUGGUGAUUUAUUUGCCCUAGGCAGUAAGCCUACCAAGCCAGGUGAAUCCAGCUUCCAGAAGAGUUCAUCAUCAGGAAGUUCCAUAGUGGAGAAGAAGUUGUCAGCUCUAGGAGAUAGAAAGAGAGAGUCAACAAGUUUACUUGCUCCAGGCGGAGGAGUAAAGAAACCAAAGAUCUUAGCACCUGGACAGACCUUUACACCUUUAGGGCGACCAGCAGACAGAGAGACCGAUAAACGUCUGUCACCAGUACCACCUGUUAGUCUUGCAUUUGAAGAAUCUUCAAUAGAAGUUGACAGUGCUGUUUUACUGAGUGAGAUCUUAGCAGCAGAAGACAGCAAUGAUUUUGAUAGGCUGGAGGGACUGCUUUGCGGAGCUGUGAAAUAUCUCCAUGGCAACAGAUCUAAGCCAGAUCAGAUUAUGUACCUGACACUGAUGCAUGUAGCUAAGGCUAAACCAAGUAUAUACAACAGUGAACUUGUUAUAGAGGCAUUUUGUACAUUGCUAAAGAGGGACAUGUCACUAAAUUUCAAGUCUAAAGGAAACAGCCUAGUGUCAGUUUUGGCAUGUAAUGUCCUCAUGAAAGCUUACAGUGAUGAAGACAACUGGCCAGACGAUUUUGUCAAGGUAUAUAUAGAUGAUGCUCUAGGAGAGAGGGUAUGGGUAGACAGGCCGGACUGUAAGGGCUUUGUUGACAAUAUUGUUACAGCAUUUAAUACCAACAUACCGAAGGGAGGUUUAAGUUCAGUUGAAGUGAAGACAGAGCCAGGCUCAUCAAGUCCAGUUGUGAGUAUAGGUGAAGAUGAUGAUAUUAAGAUGGAAGUGGAUUCUGAUAAAUCCUCUAGCUCUACUCCAGAAUUAUUACAGAAUGUCACAGUAUAUCCUAGAUAUCCCUAUCAGAUAGACAAUAUAGAGACCUUAGUGCUGGAGAUUAUACAUGAACAGUUGGUGAAAAGACAGCUGAUGGAUGCCUCGUCCAAAAGUCUUAUCAAGCUGAUGACAGCAACCUGUGGGUAUGGUGAAGUGAGACUAAUUGCUGCACAGAAAUUGGAACUUUGGCUUCAAAAUCCAAAACUAGCAAGAGCCUCCCAGGAACUAUUGAUGUCUGUGUGUAUGAACUGCAGUCAACACGAUGCUGGAGAUAUGGAGGUCAUAGCCAUGCUUAUCAAAAUGAGGAUGAAAACUAAACCUCUCAUAAACCACUACUUGGUUUGUAUCAGGGAGUUACUGGUUCAGCAUACAGACAAUCUGCGUAUGGUUCUUACACAUACAAUCUACAAUGAGCUGUCCACUACCAGGAACCCAAACAAUAUGGCCCUUAUUGGUGUCGUAUUUACCACUAACUCAGACACUGCUGCCAUGAUUCUGGCAGAGAUAUUCCAGGAUCUAUUGACAAAUAAGGAUGAUUAUGUGCGAGCAUUGAGAGCUCUGUUACGUGAGAUUGUACGAUCUUUGAGAUACGAUAUCAACUUCACAUCAUUCUGCCUGGCAAUAAUGCAGGAACGGACAGAACCCAAGUUUACUGAUAUGGAACAAGCUUUCAAGGAGAGAUACAUCUUGGCUGUAAUAGAUCUGGUAUCCAUGUGUGUGCUUCAAGCUAUCACCCCUGCUGUAAGAGAGGCAGUUGCAGCUCUCAACAGAGGAGAUAAAAAAGAUGUGGAUAUUAUAUACAACUAUCAGAACCUUGUAGCAACAAUUCAGCGGGAUGCAGUCUGGUGGCUUCAUACAAUCGUUCCAAAAUUCUUUGAACCAAAACAGCAGGAAUAUGUUUUCUGUAUGAGAAAGGUGUUAUUCAUGGAGAGUGGUGAACAGUACGCCAAGGAUAACUGGCCAGCAGAGGCAGAUAGAAGCGCCAUGAUUCGGCUAGCUACGGAGUGUCCUGUACUACAGGACACAUUAAUGCGUGUGUUGGUGAUAGGCCUGUCUCGAGAAUUAUCUCUCAGUCCACAAGAUGCUGUGGAAUUUGUGGACAUCCUUGUCAGACGAGCGGCAAAUCUGAAUGUACAAGGUGGACGACAAGUUCUGCAUGUGGAGAGAUUAGAGUUGUUUGAUGCCUUACUGAAUCUAUGUACAUACAGACAUCCAGAAAACAUCGCCCUUCCAGCUGGGUACACACCACCUCAGCUGGCUAUAUCUAACCUGUACUGGAAAGCCUGGACCAUUCUGCUGAUUAUCUCGGCAUAUAAUCCAACUUCAUUUGGAUUAGCAGCAUGGGAGAACUAUCCGACAUUGAAGUGUAUGAUAGAGAUGGUAAUGACAAACAACUACAAGUUUCCCCCACCCACUACUGCAGUAGAUGAUUCAGUAAUUGAAGAAAUCAGGAGUAAAGAAAUACAAGUAGCUCAGAAAGAGAAACAAGAAAUUCUUGAGUUUGAAGGUUAUCUUGCUGCCUCUACCACCAAGGUUACAAUUACUGAGGCCAACAGCCUUCUAAUUGCACAGCUCACUACAAUGGAGCCAAAUGGACCAGCCCGCAAACCCCCACAACAGAUAAUGGACCAGCUAAGAAGUAUAAAUGACUCACUGAGGAUAGGACAGAUGUUGUGUAGGAGUCGAAGCCCAGAUUUUCUGCUCGAUAUUAUUCAGAGACAGGGCACCAGCCAGUCAAUGCCAUGGCUAGCGGAGCUUGUGGAGUCAUCAGAAGGGUCACUAGAUGUAUUACCCGUGCAAUGUCUGUGUGAGUUUCUACUGCAUGAGACACAGGAUGUGGUGAAAGAUGGACAGGAUGAUGAAUCUAUCAAGUUUGAAAAACACAAGAAAAAACAAAAAAUGAAGAAACAGCAGCAGUUAUUGUCACGUCUACAGACACUUGUACAUGACAGUAAUGCUGAUAGCAGUACUACACAUGAAGUCAUGGAUUAUUUCUUGAAGAGGUUGGCAUCUACACAAGCUGCUAAUAGGGCACUUGCUACAAAGGGAAUGUCUAUGAUCAUCUCAAGGUCCCAGUUGAGUCCCACUGAAGAAGGUCCUGUUUCCAUGGAGACAGAUGUACAGCAUCAACAUAACUGGCUGCUUGUAAACUUUCCUGCUCUGCCAAUGUUUCCACAAGUGAAAGGCAAAACUUGUUCUGCCCUGAGACAGGCAAUACAGAUAGAAGCAGAUCCAAGUCUGGUCAGCGCUUACAUAAUGUUUCUGUCCAGACAUACCAUAGACCACACACUUCAGGAACUGGAUGAGUUAGCCCUUGAUAUAGCCCAACUUAUUGUUGAGAGAACGACAAUAAUUAAUUAUAUUCUGCCACAAGAUUCAGGCGUGUCAACUUCAUUUAGCCAAGACACACUUGAGGCAUUUAUUCAGCUGUUUGUCAAUUACAUACGAAAAGCAAAGGAGCCAAACACUGCUGGUUAUUCCUGGUCCAAUACCCAAGACCAGAUCAUAUUACAGUGGGAGAGCGGGGAAUCAGCCACCAUGCAUAUACUCGUGGUACAUGCCAUGAUAAUAUUGCUCUCAUAUGGACCUUCUCAUAGUGAGGAUUUAUAUAAGGAGCUGUUGGAGACAUGGUUCCCAGAGAAAAGCAAGCCACCAUCAGCUUUCUUACUGGAUACAUCCGAGGAAGCCUUGCUACUCCCUGACUGGUUAAAACUUAGGAUGAUUCGAUCCAGCGCAGAACCUCUUAUUGAUGCAGCGCUACAAGAUUUGGAACCAAGUCAGCUACUGCUGUUUGUACAGUCAUUUGGUAUUCCUGUACACAGUAUGAGUAAACUGCUGCAGUGCCUUGACAAUGCUGUUACCAUGGACGUUGUAAGUCUUGAACAGUCGGUACUGGACAAGGCUUACAUGGCACAGCUGAUAGAGGUCCAACAUAAAAGAGGGGCCCAGGGUGGAGACAAGUUCUAUAGUAUGCUAACAGAUGGGAAAACAUUGGAAAUAAAUAAAGAUGAUGAAAAAAUGGACACUCAAUCUGCAGACGACAGUAUGUGGAAAGGUCAAGGUCAUACUGAUGUUGUCAUGGAAACCAUUCCAGCUUCCCAUGUUGUUAACAUGCUUCUGCAGGCAUUUGAUCCUUCUGGCAGAAGAAGUCCAGAUACAGAAACUCACUUCAGAUCUCUUGUAAUGUCAGUGAACAAAAGGUCCUCUGGUGCACUUGAUGUUAUUAAAGGCUUUGAUGAGAUUUUACAGGGGUCAUCAGGUGCAGAAUUUGCUAAAUCAGUAAUACAGUCGACCAAGGCAUGCUCCUUGCUUAGAAUCAUAAUGGCAAAACAGAAUGAAGCUGGAGUGAAAAGCAGUUUAUACCAAGCUAUGGAGAUAUUAGGAAGACAUUGUGUUGGACAGAAGUCACCAAUGGCAGUCAUGGUUCAUCAGUACCUGGUAUCUCAAACCAAACAACAAUCUCAGAGACCUCAGCUUAGGUCAGAAAAACAGGAACAGUUUUUGGAAGACCUUACAACAGUAGCAGCCUCAGAUAGCAGUCAGCUGGAAUCUCUUGUUCGAGAAAGUAUGAGAUCCACAAUGAAAGCAGAUGGCACAAUAUCUACAACACGGGUGGCGUGUAGUGUAUUGCUGAGAGACAAGACACAGUCUAACAGUGGCACAAUGUUACCUUCUACCUGUGCCUUGUUUGUUGACUGGUUAGAAUUACUUGAUCCAGAGGUCAUUAGAAUGGUUCCAGACUUACAAGAAAAGUUGUUAUUUGCGAAACAAUCAGUGUCACAGUCUAGCCAGAGAAGAGAACACAGUAGUCAGCCAUAUUUACUGGCACUGCUGACCCACCAGUCUAGUUGGAGCACACUGAAUAGAUGUAUUAACUCCUUGUUGUCCAGUUGUGAUAAAGGUUAUGAUCCUGUGUCAGUGCUUGACUUUCUGUGGGCGUGUAUACAUGUACCUAAGAUCUGGCAGGGCAGAGAGAGAAAACUUCCUAAGAACCAGAGUCCAGAGGAUGUUUUAUGUUUGACUGGUUCUCAGUUGGUCAUACUUGUCAGCUAUAUCAUUCAAGAGGCAACUAGUCAGUCAUGUGAUUCUGAAUCAGCCAAUGAGAUUCCAUUCACUAUGAGGAACAGGAUAGAAUUACUAAAGGCCUGUGUAUGUGGUGACCAAGAUAAAGUCAAAAAUUUGGUGCUUUAUAUAGAAAGGAUGCUGAAACUUAAAAGCAGCAACAUUCACCUAUAUGAGGCAUUUCUGUUGGAGUUAUACCUACAGUACCCAUUCCUGUCAGCAUGGUUGUCAGAUUCUAGAUGUGUCACUUCGGAGGCUCUAAACACUCAUAAUUCACAAACUCAGGUAACCUAUAGAUUCUUGAAGUGUCACUUCAGAGAUUCUAGAAGUGUCACCUCAGAGGCUCUAAACACUCAUAAUUCACAAACUCAGAUGGACUUGAUAACACACAGAUUGAUAACAGGAUUAUACCAAGGCAGUAGAAGUAAGAGAAAUGAUAACAGAAUGGCUGAUGUAAACAUAGCUUGUAGGAAACUUGCUGCAGAACAUCCCGUACUUGUUCUAAGGCAGUUGCCAGCAAUAGUUGCCUUAUUGAAGGGUAAGACACAGUUUACAUUUGCUGAGUUCAAACAGAGAAACUUGCUGAUGUUAUAUAUCAACAUUCUUGGAAUCCUUGAACUUUUACAGCCGAGUAUAUUCUACAGAGAACAUUCAACAUUAAACAGUAUAUUGGAGGAAUAUUUUAGUCUACUUACUGCCUAUAGUUGUAAUACAAACAAACAGAUGGCUCCAUUGAUUGUUAAACUAGUGAAGAUGUUGAAUGAUUAUGUGAACCAUGAUUGUCAGAGAGCCAACAGUCUUUUACAGAAACAUGUUCUUCUUCUUACGAAUGUCUCAUCACAGUUUCCAGAUUUGUCUCCCUUGAAAUCUCUGCUUGCUGGACUGACACUUCCACGGCAUAGUCAGGAAGAUGUUGAGGGUACAGCUGUGGAAACAGGGUCAGUUGCCUACCCUGUGAGACCUGCAUCACCGUGGGCAGCUUCCCAUCUUGCUCCUUUCUUGCAGAAAAUCAAGAAAGAUAACUCUGAUGAGGUAUUAAUGGUGCUACAAGAUUUAGAUGAGUCAUCAAAGAGAAAAGUUGAAAUUUUGGAACAUUUUGUAGAUGACUUAAAGAGAUUAAUGCUAACUCACAAUGACCAGAGCAGGAAUACAGCAUUUGAACUUGCAAAGAGACAUAUCAAACAAAAUCCGAAGAAAGCAGUAGAUUUUGUACCUGCUUUUCUACAUUGUCUAGAGAGUGAGAACCCAGAUAUCAUCACCUCAGCUCUCACAAACUUAGCUGAGUUUACCCUUCUAUGUCAAGACUACGCUGAUGUGAUCUUACAAAAGGCCUUGUCUGCAGGUAUCAACACAUCUAUUGAAACGAGUUCCUACAUUAGUGAGAGCUUACAGCUGCUUAACCUUGACCUUGCCUCAGUUUGACAGUGGAUUCACUUUGACAUUGUCUCAGAUUGACAAAGGAUUCACCUUGACAGUUUCACCAUGAUAAAGCAUAAAUGUUGACAAAGCCUCAGACUUAAAGGAAUUCACCUUGAGAACUAGCUGUGAUGAACUUGGAGUUGAUCUUGCCUUUGUGUUGCACAAGGUUAUCAGUCUGACAAUAAAAUUCAUUUACCUUACUAAGAGCAGACCGUAAAUUUGAAUUCUGAAUGUUGACCCCAAUAUUUACAUAUAUAGAUAUAUUCAAAGCUAUGAGAACAGUGUAUGUAGUCAUUUGGACUAACGUCACUUUAAUGACAUAGGCUGUUAUAACUGGGUGUAAUUCUUACAGUGACAAAAGAACACUAAAAGUGCCAUUUGUGACAGAUAAAGUAUUGUUAUUUACACUGUUACUGAUUCAUUAUACUUUACUUUGUCAUUCAUUACUCAUCCAUUUGUACUUUCAUCACCACUUAGUGAACACAUUAAAGCUAAUGAUAAUAUA